AUGUUCAGGAGAAGUUUGGUGCUUGCCAGACGUGCCUCAUUGCUGAGAUGUGCUCUGCUUCGGCCUGUCGCUUCCGUCAUUAGCACUCGUUUCUACGCAGCAUCCAAGACUGUGCCCUUCACCGCUGAGACGUACAAAGAUAAGGUCCAGAGAGAUCCACGUUAUAAAAAUUUGGAGGAAAAGGAUGUCAGCUUUUUCCGUCUGGUUUUGGAAAAUGAUAACUACGUUGUCACUGGUACAGAGGAUCUUGACUUCUUCAAUGAGGACUGGAUGAGAAAGUACAAGGGCCAAUCCAAAUUGGUCUUGAAGCCCAAAACGACAGAGCAGGUUUCCGAAAUCUUGAAAUACUGUAACGAGCAGAAGCUUGCUGUUGUUCCUCAGGGAGGUAACACCGGUUUGGUGGGUGGCUCAAACCCUGUGUUUGAUGAGAUCAUCAUUUCCCUCGCUAACAUGAGCAAAGUGAGAUCCUUCGAUGAUGUCAGUGGUAUCUUGAAAUGCGAUGCUGGUUUGAUCUUGGAGAACGCUGACAAUUUUUUGGCCGAAAACGGAUACAUCUUCCCUCUCGAUUUGGGUGCUAAGGGUUCUUGUCAUGUCGGUGGUGUGGUUGCAACAAACGCUGGCGGUCUCAGAUUGUUGAGAUACGGUUCUUUGCAUGGCUCUGUCCUCGGUUUAGAAGCUGUCUUGCCUGAUGGAACUAUUUACAACUCCAUGGAUGCUUUGAGAAAGGAUAACACAGGUUACGACUUGAAGCAAUUAUUUAUUGGUUCUGAAGGUACUUUGGGAAUCAUCACUGGUGUUUCGAUCUUGUGUCCUUCUAGACCCACCGCUACCAAUGUUGCCUUCUUGGCUGUCUCUUCAUAUGAAGCCGUUCAGAAAGUCUUUGUUGGUGCCCGUAAGGAGCUUUCUGAGAUUCUUUCUGCUUUCGAAUUCAUGGAUUCCAAGUCUCAGCUUUUGACUGCUCGUUACUUAAAGGCCGACCACCCAAUCGAGUCGGGCGAGUACCCCUUCUAUGUCUUGAUUGAAACCAGUGGCUCAAACAGAGACCAUGACAUGGAAAAACUUGAAACCUUCUUGGGAAAUGCUAUGGAGGAUGGUCUCGUCGACGAUGGUAUCAUCGCCCAAGAUGAGACCCAGCUUCGUAACUUAUGGACGUGGAGAGAGUCUAUUCCAGAGGCCUCUGCCCAUGCUGGUGGUGUCUACAAGUACGAUGUUUCCAUUCCUUUGGCCAACUUGUAUGCCUUGGUUGACGACGCUUCUGAGAGAUUGGCUGCCGCUGACUUGGUGGACUUUAACGAUGAAUCCAAGCCUGUGGUUGAAGCCAUCGGAUACGGACAUUUGGGUGAUGGUAACCUUCAUUUGAACGUCUGCGUGCGUGAAUACAGAAAGGACAUUGAACAACAGUUGGAACCAUUCGUUUACGAGUGGAUUAAGGAAAAUAAGGGCUCCAUUUCUGCUGAGCAUGGUCUUGGUUUCCAGAAAAAGAACUACAUUGGGUACUCCAAGAAUGACAUCGAGAUCAAGAUGAUCAAGGAUGUGAAGAACCAUUAUGAUCCUAAUGGUAUUCUCAAUCCAUAUAAAUAUAUCUAA